UUCAUACUGCUUUCAGUGCUGAACGACGCAAGGAGCGUGUACGAACAUCGCAAAUUUGGACUAACGGAUCGUGCAGGAAUCGAGCAGGGCACACGAAUUCGAAUGGAAACAACAAGCAUGCUGCCGUAUGAACCUGAACGGCCAUUAAUGGAAGAGUUUCGGUCGCCAUCACCAAUGACGAACGCUAGCUGCAUUGCAAGGUUUCAUCCCGAAGCGGUCGACAAGUUUUCUAUCGUCGCCUUCCCUCUUGCAUUUACAUUUUUCAACUUAAUAUACUGGUGGCACUACCUAUCGCAAACCUUCGACUACAAGGUUCAACAAAUAACGUCUCAU